CCGCUUCCGGUGUUAUUACCGCUAAGUGUGUAAAAGCCGCGCCCCUCAAUUGCACGAGCGGCCUGAUUAACCGUGGUUUCAGGAAGAGCGGCUGCUUUAACCGCAGUUUAUCACUCAGCACAUGCGAGGAACAAAUCCCGGCCGAGCCCCCAGUGUUACUCUCAGCGCUUCAGCAACUCCCAGCGGCAGAGGAACAACUCGUUAGUUCAUGUUCGGGCAAAUGAUGAGAGGGACAAAGUUCUUCCGAAGCAUGCCGUUUUACUUCUUUAGGCAAAUAAAAGUUGUCAGGGUUACAGUGCACAAUAACUCCCGGGUGGCUUAACUGAAAUAAACUAAAGGAAAAGCAAAGCAGAAACUUUUUCUCCCCGUUUUCUCCCCCGAACUGCACAGCCAACACCAGCACACUUCUUCCGGACUACAUUACCCAUCAUGCACUUCGCUCAGGACUACAACACCCACAGUUAGUGAUCCGGUGAAAGUGAAAGUGCAUUUAGUGAAGAAAGGAAGCAAAUCAUUGGCAGGAGAAAAACACAGUUUACAGGUGUAAUCUGUAGGAGGAGACAUGACCUCCAAAAUGAAUGUGUCUGUGAAACAGGACUUAAAGAAAGAUAAGAGUCUGAUUCAGGGUGAAAGAUCAGACUCACCUGAACCCAGCUGUGUGUCCAUGAAGAGUGACCAAUCAAUGCGUAUACCAUUACACUUUAGCGACACAGACUGUGCUACUGAUCUGAGACUGCAGAAGAAUAAAUCAAAAAUCACUGAGAAGAGUCAUUUGGAGGCCAUAUUCAAGGAUCUGGAGCACAAAGUCACCUCUCUGUUAAAGAAUGAGCUGAAGAGAUUUAAAAAGCUCCUGAGUCCAGAUUACCCAGCAUGCUCUGAGAAGGAGGUGGAGGAUGAGGAGGAUCAGAGCAGUGUCAGAGAGGUAGCGCUGAAGAUCACACUGCACGUCCUGAAGAACAUGAACCACACAGAUCUCGCUAACACACUGCAGAACAAACUCGUCUCUGUGUACCAGCGAAAACUCAAAUCCAGACUGGGAACGAAAUGUAAAAGAAUUAAUGAAGGAAUCUCACAGCAUGGAAGCUCGGCACUUCUGAAUGAGAUCUACACAGAUCUCUACAUCACAGAGGGUGGGAGUGGAGACGUCAAUAAUGAACAUGAGGUGAGACAGAUUGAGACAGCGUCCAGGAGACCAGCAACACAGGAGACACCCAUCAAAUGUAAUGAGCUCUUUAAAGACAAGUCCAUCAGAAGUGUGCUGACGAAAGGAGUUGCUGGAAUUGGAAAAACAGUCUCUGUGCAGAAGUUCAUUCUGGACUGGGCUGAAGGAAAAGCAAAUCAGGAUGUCACCUUCAUGUUUCCACUUCCCUUUAGAGAGCCGAAUUUGAUGAAGCAGGAAAAUGUGAGUCUGAUGAACCUUCUUCAUCACUUUUUCCCAGAAAUAAAAGAAUUACAAUUAAUAGACUGUAAUGUUCACAAAGUGAUAUUCAUCUUUGAUGGUCUGGAUGAGUGUCGACUUCCUCUAAAUUUCCAGAACAAUGAGAGAUUGUGUGAUGUGACAGAGUCAGCCUCAGUGGAUGUGCUGCUGACAAACCUCAUAAAGGGGAAUCUGCUUCCCUCUGCUCUCCUCUGGAUAACCUCUCGACCAGGAGCAGCCAAUCAGAUCCCUCCUGAGUGUGUAGACCAGGUAACAGAGGUACGAGGGUUCAGUGAUCCUCAGAAAGAGGAGUACUUCAGGAAGAGGAUCAGUGAUCAGAGCCUGGCCAAUAAAAUCAUCACACACAUGAAGUCUUCAAGAAGCCUCUACAUCAUGUGCCACAUCCCAGUCUUCUGCUGGAUUUCAGCCACUGUUCUAGAGAGAAUGUUGGGUGAAGCAGAGAGUGGAGAGAUCCCCAAGACUCUGACUCAAAUGUUCACACACUUCCUGAUCUUUCAGAUCAAACACAAGGACCAAAAGUACCAUCAGAAAUGUGACCCUGAUCCUCAGCAGACCAGAAAGAGUAUCCUGGCACUGGGAAAACUGGCUUUCCAACAGCUGGAGAGAGGAAACCUGAUCUUCUAUGAGGAAGACCUGAGAGAGUGUGGCAUUGAUGUCAGAGAAGUGUCAGUGUACUCAGGAGUGUGUACCCAAAUCUUCAGAGAGGAGUUUGGGCUUCACCUGGGGAAGGUGUUCAGCUUUAUACAUCUGAGUGUUCAGGAAUUUCUGGCUGCUAUAUAUGAAUUUCUCUCCUUCAUCAACAAAAUGAAUGCAACACAUCUAACCACUGAUCUGUCUGAUCUUUUAACCAAAUCAAACAUGUCUGAUUUCCUGAGAAGUGCAGUGGACAAGGCAUUACAGAGUGAGAAUGGACACCUGGACCUUUUCCUCCGCUUCCUUCUGGGUCUCUCACUGGAGUCCAAUCAGACUCUCUUACGAGGCUUAAUGCUCCAGACAGGAAGCAGCUCUCACAGCAAACAGGAAACAGUCAAGUUCAUCAAGGAGAAGAUCAGGGAGAAUCCAUCUCCAGAGAAAUCCAUCAAUCUGUUCCACUGUCUGAAUGAACUGAAUGAUCAUUCUCUAGUACAGGAAGUACAGCAUUACCUGAAAAGUAAAGAUGACAAUCGUCUCAGGGGAGUCAGACUCUCUCCUGCUCAGUGGUCAGCUCUGGCGUUUGUGUUGCUGAACUCAGACGAGAAUCUGGAUGAGUUUGAUUUGAGGAAAUAUCACAGAUCAGAGGAAUGUCUUCUGAGGCUACUGCCAGUGGUCAAAGCAUCCAGAAAAGCUCAGCUGCGUAACUGUAAUCUCACAGGGGAAAGCUGUAGAGCUCUGUCCUCAGUUCUCAGCUCAAACUCCUCCAGUCUGAGAGAACUGGACCUGAGUUACAAUGAUGAACUGCAGGAUUCAGGAGUGAAGCUGCUCUCUGCUGGACUGGAGAAUCCACACUGUACACUGGAGAUACUGAGGCUGUGUGGGUGUAAUCUCACAGGGGAAAGCUGUAGAGCUCUGUCCUCAGUUCUCAGCUCAAACUCCUCCAGUCUGAGAGAACUGGACCUGAGUGGCAAUUAUAACCUGCAGGAUUCAGGAGUGAAGCUGCUCUCUGCUGGACUGGAGAAUCCACAAUGUACACUGGAGACACUGAGGCUGCCGUGGUGCAGUAUUACAGGUGAAGGUUGUGCUGCUCUGGUUUCAGCUCUGAAGUCAAACACCUCAUCACACCUGAGAGAACUGAAUCUGAACAACAAUAAACCAGGAGAAUCAGGAGUGAAGCUGCUCUCUGAUCUACUGAAGGAUCCACACUGUAAACUGGAGAAACUACAGUUGAAAGGCUGCAGUAUUACAGGUGAAGGUUGUGCUGCUCUGGUUUCAGCUCUGAAGUCAAACACCUCAUCACACCUGAGAGAACUGAAUCUGAACGACAAUGAACCAGGCGAAUCAGGAGUGAAGCUGCUCUCUGAUCUCCUGAAGGAUCCACACUGUAAACUGGAGAAACUACAAUUUGAGACGGUUUAAUUCGGAUCUGAUCUGAGUCUCACACACAGAGGAUGAUGAGGAUAAACUCUUACAGUACAAAGUGUUUGAAAAACAUGAUCAUUUAGUGAUAAUCAGAUGGUGUACAACAUGUCAGCACUUCUGCUUCUCUAGUUGUUUGUAAAAAUGCACCAGCUGAGAUAAAUAAACUUUAACUGUACAGUAAUGAAUCUUUUCUUAUUAACAGCAAAACAGAAACUGUUAAUGCACUUAUAAUGUCAUUUAAUAGUUUUGUAUAUACAGUAUGUUCAUGUUUUUCCAUUUACAUGUAGCAGAAGGAAACAUUUAUGUUUAAAACACAUUAUAAAUAUCUUAUAGUAUCAGUUCAAUGCAGUAAUUUGGUCAUUGCUCAAAGUUAUACACUGUUUAUACACUGAGUUAAAGUCAUUUGUUUCCUACUGAAGUUGUUAGAAAAUUAAGAUUAGAAAAGUUUAAUUUAGUCGACUCUGUACAUAAAUCGAGUGUUUAUAUAUAUUAUUUUAUUUGUGUGUGUGUGUUUACACCUGAGUCUGUA